AUGUCAUCGCUGAGUGCUUCUUCCGCGCGGAAACGCCCACCCUCCAGGGAGGUGGACACUCCUCUGGUGGACGUCGCUGGCGACGGCGGAGACGACGAUGGUGCGGCGUUGUCAGUGCAGCCGUGUGGCUACAGUUGUUCGUCCGAUCCGGAGCCCGCUACCCUGGACUCACAUUAUCGUUGUUGCCAAUGUAUCAAUACACAUUUGGAGCGUUUUAAACGUUGUCCAGUUUGCAAUCGGAAUUUGGAUCCAAAUUUGGGCCCUAUCGUCUUUCCUAAUUACACAGCUUGUUCUAUCGUUGAUGCAUUCCGUUUUAAAACCGAACUGUCACGCUCCCUAUCAGCUCACGGAGUGAACAACAUGAAGAAGGGCGAAGCACUUGUGGAAAUGGCCUUGUUUGCCGAUAUCAACAUGCUGGAUCAUUUGAUGAACUUUCUCAAGGAGCGACGAAGUCGAAUUAGUAGUGCGAACAGUUGGAAAAAUAAUGUAUUGCUAAUGGAGUUUCUCGAUGAAAUGGUGGAACAACGUGAAGCACAGCUAGCGAAAAUCGAGAAAGAAUUAGCCGUUUUACGAAGGGACAAAGCAUCUCUUCAGGUACCGUUUCUGGUUGAAGUGGUUCAGAAAAUGAAAGAAUUUCAUAUGCAGUAA